AUGAGUAACCAUUCAAUAGCUAAAAGGCCUCAUGCAGUUUGCAUCCCAUUUCCUGCUCAAGGUCACAUGAACCCAAUGCUCAAACUAGCCAAAAUCAUGUAUUCCAAAGGCUCUCUCAUUACAUUUAUCAACACUGAGUACAACCAUAAACGUUUACUCAAGUCCAAAUGCCUUGAUUCCUUCAAGAAUUUUCCGGGUUUUCGCUUCGAAACCAUCCCCGAUGGCCUUCCUUCUUCUGAUGCUGAUGUUACUCAAGACAUUCCUUCUCUUUGCGAGGCUACCUCAAAGCACUGUUUAGCUCCAUUUAGAGAACUCUUUUACAAACUCAAUGACACUUCAUCAUCUUCUCAAAUUUCUCCAGUGACCUGUAUUAUCUCAGAUGUCAUGAUGUCUUUCACCGUUAAUGUUGCUCGAGAAUUUGGAAUUCCUGGUGCAAUCUUAUUCACAUUCAGCGCCUGCGGCUCACUGUGCUUUGCAAUGCUCAAGCUUCUUGUGGAAAGAGGUUUAAUACCUCUGAAAGAUGAAAGCUAUCUAACAAAUGGGUACCUGGACACCAAAUUAGAUUGCAUUCCAGGGAUGAAAAACAUGCGUUUGAGGGAUUUUCCAAACUACAUUAGAACCAUAAAUCCAAAUGAUUUCAUGGUCAGUUUCGCCAUCAAGAGCUUCGAGAAUCUCAGUGCUUCUUCCAUCAUUUUCAACACGUUUGAUGCCUUGGAACAGGAUGUUUUGGAUGUCUUCUCAACCCUGCUUCCGAUUCCUAUUUACACCAUCGGCCCCCUUCAGUUUCUUGCUGAUCGUCUCAUCACGAAUGAAGAAUUGAAGAACACGGAUUCAAAUCUGUGGAAAUAUCAGUCCGAAUGUAUUGAAUGGCUCGAUUCAAAAGAAACCAACUCAGUGAUAUAUGUAAAUUUCGGAAGUAUCGUAGUAAUGAAUCCUGAACAACUCAUUGAGCUCGCUUGGGGAUUGGCUAAUAGCAAGCAACAUUUUUUGUGGAUAAUAAGGCCGGAUCUUGUUGCCGGAGACUCAUCAAUUCUUCCACCGGAGUUUCUUGAGGAAACUAAGGGAAGAGGAAUGAUAGCCAGUUGGUGUCCACAAGAAAAAGUCCUAAAGCAUUUUUCAAUAGGAGGAUUUUUAAGUCAUAUGGGAUGGAAUUCCACGCUUGAAAGUUUAUCCAUUGGUGUGCCAAUGGUUUGUUGGCCAUUUAUAGCUGAUCAACAGCCUAAUUGUAGGUUUACAUGCACCGAGUGGGGUGUUGGGAUGGAGAUUAAUGGUGAUAAUGUUAAAAGAGAGGAAGUGGAGAUGCUUGUAAGAGUGUUAAUGGAGGGAGAGAAGGGUAAACAAAUGAAAAAGAGAGCCAUGGAGUGGAAAACGAAGGCAGAAGAAGCCAUUAGACCAGAUGGUUCUUCGUACAAAAAUCUGGAGAAACUUUUCUCAGAUAUUCUAUAG